AAUAGUAACACCUAAAACCUUUAAAAAUCUGUUAUCAAAAAAAAAAAAAACCUUUAAAAAUCAGUUCAACAAAUCAUCUCCAGAAAAAGAAAAAUUAAAAAAAUCCUCAAUUUUUCCUACCGUCCACUUUACACUCCCAUUUCAUCUAUCGGUUCCACCAAAAACUUCUCUUCGUGUCCAAAUCCAAAGGGUAAACCCAAACCAUAACCGAUGUUAUCAUCCCCGUACAUGUGACCUUCAAUUUUUCUUCCAAGAAAACUCAUUAACUUUACCACUCAUCUAACUCCACAAUUCUUCUCAAAACAGAAUCCAUAUAAAAGAUUAAAAUAAAGGGAGAUACGAAGUCAUUUGAAGAGAAAAAAUAAAAAAAUAUGGGUCCAUUAAACCCUAAAAUAAAAUACAAACAAAACCAAAUAAACGAGAAACCGAAAACCCCCGUUUAUUUUCUUCACUCUACACUCUCAUUGUCUUCCAUCAAAAUUUCACAGUAAACACUUCUCAACACUUCUGUCCCAAACCAACAAAACCAAAGAACAUCAUCCAAUGUUGUCUUCACCCAUACUUGUCUCCCUCACUCUCUUCAUCUCUCUCCCUCUUAUCCUCCUUUUCUCCCCACAAAUCCUACCCCAAACAUACUUUCCCUUCUCCUCCGAGGCCGACGACCUCGCCCUCUUCCGCCGCGCCACCACCGCCGCCCACACCACCAACCACUUAGCCACCACCACAAACCCCAAACCCAAAAUCGCCUUCCUUUUCCUCACAAACACCAACCUCACCUUCGCCCCCUUGUGGGAAAAAUUCUUCGCCGGCAACCACCACCUCUUCAACAUCUACAUCCACGCCGACCCCUCCUCCGCCUUCGCCUCUCCCGGCGGGGUCUUCGAGGGCCGUUUCAUCCCUGCCAAAAAAACCCACCGCGCCUCCCCAACUCUCAUCGCAGCGACACGACGCCUCUUAGCCUCAGCUCUUCUCGAUGACCCACUCAACCAAUACUUUGCUCUUAUCUCUCAACAUUGUAUUCCGCUCUUGUCGUUUCGAUUCGUUUAUAACUAUCUCUUUAAGGAUCCAUUAACUUCCUUAAAAAGUUUUGCUGGUUCCGGUUUCCGGUACCGCAGCUAUAUUGAAAUUCUCUCCGAUGAGCCGAACUUGUAUGACCGUUACCUAGCUCGCGGAGAGAAGGCGAUGCUGCCGGAGGUGCCGUUCGAGGCAUUUCGGGUCGGGUCACAAUUUUUUGUCCUGACCCGACAUCACGCCGCAGUUGUGGUUAGGGAUCGGAAGCUUUGGAAGAAGUUCAGGCUUCCUUGCGUCACGGAGGAGCCGUGCUACCCGGAGGAGCACUAUUUUCCUACGCUUCUGUCCAUGAAGGACACGAACGGGUGCACCGGGUUCACGCUCACGAGAGUGAACUGGACCGGUUGCUGGGACGGGCACCCUCGCCUGUAUACCCCGCCGGAGGUAUCGCCGGAGCUUAUUCGCCAGCUGAGGGAGUCGAAUUCAAGCUACUCGUAUCUCUUUGCAAGGAAAUUCUCACCGGAAUGUCUGGAGCCGUUGAUGAACAUCGCUGAUGACGUCAUUUUCCGGGAUUGAAGCGAGGGCAUCUUUGUUGAUUUUGCUGCGAAGAGAAAAGCUCAUGUUGAUGUACAAUGCCAAUGUCUUAAUGAUGUGUAUAGAAAAUCUGAUUGCUUUAAUUGUAGAGGUUAGUUGUAAUGUCUUGUAUGUGAAACGGACUAGGGGCUAAGUGUGGUCUCCAAAGGAGGCCACCACUGUUGAAUAUUGAGAACUGUAUUUUGAAAAACGUCAUGGAAAAGGUCCAUUGUAAAGGGGGUGAAAGUAUAUAAGAUGGAUAUAUUUUAUCUGUUUGUGAUAGGCAAAUCUUGUGUGCAACACAAAAAGAAAGCAAGCAAUAGCCAAUGUUCAUUAUUGUUUUUUUUCUUCU